AUGAACUUGCGUGCUGUUCCUCCUCAUAUCGGGCGAAUGGCACAUCUCGAGGAGCUCCGACUUGGCUCCAACCCCAUCCACCAACUCCCUGACUGGAUCGGCAACCUCCGAGCUCUCCGAGUCCUGCGUCUUGACAAAACCGGCUUGCAGUCUCUUCCUUUCGGCCUCGCAGACUGCGCGUCCCUGCAGAUGCUCGACUUGGAUGACGUCAUCCUCCUCUCGCCGCCGAAGCAGAUCCUUUCGAAGGGCGUUAGUAUCGUCAAGGAAUGGCUGGGAAGACUUCGAGAAGCCAGAGGAGGGGGAAGGCUGGAUCUCAGCAGUCUAGGGUUGGAGGAUUGGCCGCCAGAGCUUGUGAUGAAUACCAAGGAAGGGCAGUAUGCGUCAUUGAAGAGGCUCAACCUGCUCGACAACAUCCUUACAGAGAUGAGCAAUGUUGGUGUUGUCAAGAUGUGCUUGUUGAAGUUUCUUUUGCAGCCUGUCGAAGUCUGCGAUCUCACAACCCUGGUGGAGCUCAUGGCGGGUUACAACCGGAUGCUCUCAAUCCACUCGAAGAUCUGCGAGAUGAAAAUCUUGAAAGGCUUCAUGUUCCUUUCAACCACCUCUCAGAGCUUCCGGAUACAGUCUCGAUCAUUCAGCAAUAAGGAGGAAUUGCUGUUGCUGUUGAUGAUGUUGUGUGAUGGCUCUUUCUCACCCUCGUUUCAGUCGCUUCGGUUUGUCAAUCUCGAUGGAAACAAUUUCAGAGAAAUUCCAGCUUGUCUUUGUGUCAUAACUGAGUUGCGGGAUCUCCGCAUGAAUCAGAAUCAGAUCGCAGGACUCCCUCCUGCUCUCGCUCGGCUUGGAAAGCUUGAGGAACUCGAGCUCUCCUACAACGAGAUCUCCGUCCUCCCCCGUGCCAUCGGACAGAACACCAGUCUCCGGCGACUCAAACUCUCCUACAACAUGCUCGAUACGGUCCCGCCGGACGUGGGGGCCUUGACGAAGCUGGAGGAACUUCAUUUAACGCACAAUCAACUUGCUGUUCUCCCGGCUGAACUCGGGAAACUCCUUCCCCCCAAGGGAUCACUGAAGAACCUGGUCGUCACCGCCAACUUCUUCAAGGCCCCUCUCAGCUCCAUCAUCACCAGAGGUUGCGCUGCAACGCUGAGAUACCUGGGGGAGCAGUUGUAA